GAUCUCCCUCUGCCUCGCGGCUGUUGACUGCGAACACCCACAUUUGUGCCCCGUACAGCCCCAGGACUACCACCUGGUCUUCCACUACGUCCCCUUGAGUCAACUAUGCUCCCCGACCAGCCUUGAAUUGUUGACGCCACUUCUUCCCUCUCCUACAUCGACCAUGUCGGCGGAACCCAACCUGAAUCCGUUCCUACUCGCAGCAAACACCCCCGACCCAGACCCCCGACUUUUGCCCCUACUUCGUUCCAGACCCGAGUUAGCGUCUGCACAAGACGCACAUGGUUAUUCUCUUUUGCAUGCUGCAGCUUCCUACAACCAUGUAGAUCUCUUACGAGCACUGGUCAACGAGUUCAGAGUUGAUGUGAACUUGAAAGACGAGGAUGGUGAAACAUGUUUGUUUGUGGCCGAGACGGCGGAGGUCGCGAAGUGUCUGGUGGAGGAGUUGCAUGUUGACAUACGAGUACAAAAUGACGAAGGUAUGAAUGCGUUCGAGAAGUUCGAGUCAGAGCAGGAAUUUCCAGAGGUCGCAGAAUACCUCCGCAGUCUCCUCUCACUAGAUCCUAUUGCGGGAACCGCUUCUACCCGCCCUAGGCCGGUCUCAGAUGGAGCCCAACGCCCUCCAUCUCUUCCACCCAAUGUCUCCAUCAACAUCGGCACUGAGGCCGAUGUGACACCCGGAACACUCGCACAGGAACCCGACCCCGAGUUCAGGAGAAGAAUAGAAGAGCUGGCAGCCAAGGAGAACCUCCACACGGCAGAAGGUCAGAGAGAACUGCGCGAGUUGAUUACGGACGCAGUCAGAGACGUGGGAAACGAAGGCCGGGAUGUUAGGAGACGUAUCGAGUAAUUGCAGGCGCAGUGGCCUUUCGCAACGGCGAGUCAUGCAAGGCGACUUCUCACAUCCCAGGCUGGGUAUGACACAGACGGGAACAAGCAUAGCCGGCUCUAGCCGGUGACAUGGUUGUAUGUUGCUAUCAAGCAAACACGAAGAUCUGUUCCCCGCGCAGGAUUCAGUUGUUCAUCCACGCGGUGACUCGACUGGAGCCAAAUCUAGCCGCCAACCGCAAGCCGCUGCCUCCCAUCGGAAAGUAGCUGACUAAGUACCACACCAAAGCGACGAGCUGCACAAUCGAUGAAAAUAGAGUGAGAAUGGUCGAGUGGAGCUGACGCGGUCGUGUCAGCAAUGUCUUGCAGCAUCGCGACAAGGGCCUUGGAUUGUACUUACCCCGACAGCAAAAUAGAUGGUCAUGAUGAUGGAACCAAAAUAAGCGGCAGUAAAUGGCAAACGAGCGCCUGAGAGCAAAUGUGUUGCGUACUGUACCGGUCCCAUCAAAAAGGCCCAAGAGGCGAGAAACAUCAUGGAGCCGACCGACCACCUAUCACGACGCGUCAGCCACACGCACGACUCCAUUUAGACACAUGCAGAAAUUCAGGCUCUGAUUGCCAAAUAGACACCUCACAGGGGGUUUCCCGAGCGUGGGCAUCAAGCUCAAUAUAGAAAGGAGCUGACAUCAUCAUGGGGUGUACGCGCUGUCACAUGGCCCGUAGCCCAGCGCGUGGUGGUGUGAAGCAAAUGCGGUGAGGGCGGGAAUGACUUUGACAGACUUACAAGAUCGCGAAUUUUCGAGGCUUCAGGGACAGCACAGGGAGCAGCACGAAGCAGAUAACAAAACAUGCCAGCGCUGCAAGAUUGCAGCCCCCGAAGAUCAACAAACGGUCCCAUCGGCUUACUGU